AAGUCUACCGAGGCUAUACGGGGGCCGUCUUUGUCUCGUCUGGCGUGUCGCCUCGCCGUCGUGAAUCGGGCUGCACCAGGGUCGCUCUAUCGGACGUGAACAUCGCGUGACCUCACGUCAGUCGCGGCGAGUGUUUCCAGCUGCAGUGACCUCCUCCGCUUGCUCCUCCUGCUCCUCCUCCUCCUCCUCCACGCUCAAGCGUCAAUAAACCACGCGCGUGACUGCCCCCGGGCGACAUUCACGAGCGGCCGCGUCUUCUCUCUCUCUCUCUCCGCUGCGCCGGUGGCCUUUUUUGUUUUCAGCCCCGCCUCGGUGGGACCUGGGUCGAGUCUCUUCCCGUGCAAGACUCCGACGCGAGCUUCAUGUCGAGUUCGCUGCCCUCCCCGUCCGCUCCAAACGGCCCCCCGGUCGAGCCGGGCCGCGGCCACUCGGCUGCGGGCCUCGAGUGUCGGCGAGCGGGCGGUCACCGCACACCGGCUGGGCACGAGGAGCGCGGUGGAGCGAGCGGAGCGCGAGGAGGGGAAACUCCCGGGGAGAAGACCGCAGAGCGCGACGGAGCCGAACUCUCCGUUGAGCGCGGGACCGCGAGACUCGCUCGGCCCCCGAAGGCCGGGUGGGUGGGUGGAGAAAGGAGAGGGAUCGAGGCCGCUCCGAAGCUCGCAGAACGGAACACGCGGCAAAGGGGACGGCGGAGGAAUGAGCGUGCAUUGAGUGAGCGACUCGAGUCCGGCAGCAGCGCUCGGCGCAGCACUCGCGCUCGCUGUACGAGGAGCCGCCCGGGGACGAUUCGGCCGUGGUCGCCCUCUCGACCUCGCCACCGCCGCCGCCGCCGCCGCCGGGCUCGGGGCGCUGAGAUUCCACACCACCACCACCACCAACCCCGCCGCCCUCUGCUGCUGCCGCCGUGGUCGUGAGCCGAUGCCUCGGCCAGCAGCAGCCGCAGCAGCAGCAGCAGCAGCUCCACUCGCUCGCCAACCUUGAAGUGUUUUUUUUGUUUUGGGGGGGGGGGGGGGGCGCCACCGCGCUUGCUGCCCGUCAUUGGAGGAGGGCGCGGCACGUGACUGGCGCCGCCAAUGUUAUUUGAUAAGGGUGUCAAGACCUUGUCACGAAAAGAAAUAAAUUCCCCGCAACACCGAGAUGCAAAAAGCGACCUACUACAAUAACAAUUCCGGUGUGUUCGGCGGGUGCUCCUACCAGGGGGGAGGCACUUUCGCCUUUGGCGCCGCUCAGCAGCAGCAGCAGCAACAUCAUCAGCAGCAGCAACCGCAGCAGCAGCAUCAUCAGCAACAGCAGCAGCAGGCUGCUUACCCACCGCCAUCUGUUGAGAAUGACUACCACCGCUUCGCGUGCUCGCUGCAGACCCCGGCUAGCGGGGGCUCGGUGCUCAAGCCGGGCGAGCCCAAUGGGAGCUGCAUGCAGGCCGUGGGCCGCACGUCCGUGCAGCAGGGGCCGGCCCUCGCCGAUCCCCGCCAGCAGCCCCCCCAGCAGCCCCCCCAGCCUCGAGCACCGUCCCACACGCCGUCGCUGUCGCCCCCCUCGAGCAGCAGCGGCGGCGGCGGCGGCGGCGCCACGCUGGCCACGUCCGGCUCCGGCAAGGCUCCGGGCGGCUCCCCGCAAGCCUCGAAAGCGGCCGUGGGCAAGCACAUCUUCCCGUGGAUGAAGGAGAGCCGCCAGAACUCCAAGCAGAAGGGCGCCGGCGGCGGCGCUGGCGGGGGCAGCGGGGGCGGCGGAGCGAGCAGCACCAGCACCGGGGCCACGAACAACAGCAACAGCUCACCCGUGACAGGUGAUGAAUCGGAGGACAAAAGCCCCUUUGGCCUGUCAGCUUCGAAGCGCGCCCGCACCGCCUACACAAGCGCCCAGCUAGUUGAACUUGAAAAGGAAUUCCACUUUAACCGUUACCUCUGCCGCCCUCGACGAGUUGAAAUGGCCAACCUACUUAACCUCACCGAGAGGCAGAUCAAGAUAUGGUUUCAAAACAGGCGGAUGAAAUACAAAAAGGACCACAAGUCAAAAGGCGUCGGCAGCUCUCCCGGGAGUCAGUCGCCCACGGAGAGCCCCCCGCUGCACGUGUCCGGCCUUGGCGGCUUCCCCAACCCCGUGCACGGCAUGGGCGUUGGCUCAUCGGUCUACGACACGGGUUCCCCGACCUCCUUCCCCGGGCAACAGCAACAACAACAGCAGCAGCAGCAGGGUGCCUACAACAUCGCCGACCAAUACUGCGGGCCCCUGAACAACGGGCCGCCCAUGAACACCUUCCAGGGCAACCACAAGCGCUACGCGGGCACACCAAUGCCCCACCAGGACUUCCACGACCAUUAUCAGGGCAACAACGGCAGCUACGGCGACCCGGGCCUGCAGGAGGGCGCAGUGUACGGAGGAGGAGGGGGCGGUGGCGCAGGAGUAGUAGGAGGAGGAGGAUACGUGGACAGCAUGGGGGGCCCCGUGUUCAAUGUGCCCCACCUCCCGCAUCCAUCAUCCGCCAGCAUGGGCCUCCCUAGCCCGUCCCAGAUGGCCGGCGGCCAUCUUGUAAGACCAUGUGAUUCCCACAGCACGUACACGGACCUGUCGUCUCAUCACCACCCGACUCAGGAAGUCCCCAGACUCACUCAUCUGUAGCGAACAGAGAGCGAGCGAGAGGAGAGGGAGGAGGAGGAGGAGAGAGCAGGCCCGCCCGCCCGCCCGUCUGUCCGUCUGUUUUGAGAGCUGCUUUACCUCGGGUUGCCCCCCGCCCCUCCGUGACUUGUGUUGUCAGUGUGUGAGUGUGUGUGAGAGAUGUUGUGUAAGGGGAGCGGCUGCGUAGUGGUCAGCGCCCCGCGCUACGAGCCGCGCUCACGGCCACCAAAACCAGUGAUGAUUAUAUUUGAACCGAUGCUGGGACUCCCCUAGGUCAACUCAGCUUCAAACGAGUACCCGGUGCGGUGCAUAACCAUCGCCACUAGGGAGACAAAG